AUGGUUUCGGAAAAUCCCAGGAAACAGAUCAGGCACCUGCUUGAGGAUUGCCUCAGCGCUGCCAAGAGACAUGACUAUGCUGUCGCCCUCACCGCUGUGAAUGAUGCGCUGAAAGCCCAUGAGACUGACAAGAGCAUACCUCUCGUGCAGAUCCUGGAACACCGAGUCGCGGUCUAUCUCCGAAUGGAUCUUCUGGACCAGGCUCUGAAAGACGGGAAAGCCAUGAUUCGACUUGAUCCCAAGGACGCACGAGGCUACAUCCGAAGUGGGAUUGCCGAACGACGCAAGAACAACAAACCCGCUGCAACGAAAUAUUUUGAGCAUGGCUUGAAGAGAGUUCCCCCCUCAGACCCGAAUCACGCAUUGCUUGUCAGAGAAAUGGAGGAAACAGCCCAACAGAUGAGAACGGAAAUCGUCCUCUCGCGAGCAAAAGACCCCCUCAGUGUCCUGCCGAUCGAGGUUAUCGAAAUAGUUAUUUCAUUUCUCGACUACCGGUCGAACAUACGUCUACUCCGUGUCUCCAGGUCUUGGAACAAAAUCGUGACCAGCUCGCACCCAUUGAUCGAUACCCUGGCUUUUCCUAAUUCCACAAAACCCAUCACCCCGAAAUGGCUUGUUGCUGCCCUCAAAAGGUGUUCGACACUCAAGACAGUCAAACUGUCCGUACUUACCAGCCCUGCAGCGACAUACCUUGGCAGCGUUUUGCAGCAAGGCGGGCGCUUUCCAGCGCUGGAGUAUUUCGAGUGGCUAGAUAUCGAGAGCUCCCAAUCCCGAUUGUGGCUGCCUGUGUGCCAAUAUGACCUGAGGGUCAUCAUUAUUGACUGCCAAAAGUCAUCGGUCCCUGUCGAACGCGUUGACACUGUUCUACGCCGAUGCAGAUCUCUAGAGACUGCCAAAUUCCAGUAUGUGACUGGACCGACCGGUGGGCGGGUAUCUCUGCACAGUAACAGUCUCCGAGAGAUAGAGCUUCAUUUUAGCGACAUGAUCUCUUUGGAUUCAGACGCCAUCUCUUUUGUGUGUCCUGAGUUGAGGUCGCUGUCCUACAAGUUCGUCCGCUCUCCCAUCAUAGGUAUUUUAGAUCUCAGUCAUAUGAGGAAACUCCGAAGCCUCAGUGUGAGCAACAUCAAAUUGACCGCCAUGAGCCUGCCUGCAUCGCUUGUGCAGUUGCGGCUCGUCUCAUGCAUGUUCCUCGGCCACAUAUUCGACGCUGUUGACCAUCACCCCACACUAAACGAGCUCGAGGACCUCCAAGUGCACGAUUGUACCUUGUUCCCCGUAUGCCUCCUCAUCUCCAUCCAAAAGACGAAACCGGGGAAGCUGUCGAAAUGUUCGGUGACCGCCACCGAAGUAGCCGCGCGGGACUUGGUCAUGAUGAUGAGCACGCCUUGGUUUCAAACCCUGAAAUACCUCCGUAUUGUCGAUUUCGACUUCAUCAGUCCCUACGCCUUUCAAUACAUCAAGGACUGUCUGGCUCUGGAAGAAGUAUGUCUCGAAAAGGCUGCAAAGUUGGGGACGUUCGUGUCGGAUUUGAUCAGAGAAGCCGCCCACCUUCGCAAAGUUUCCCUCCUUGACUGCCCCAACGUGGGCCGAGACCUCAUUCCAUGGGCAAAAGAACGUGGAGUGGAGGUAGAGAUCAUCCAACGAGACAGACCUUUGGGCAGUGGACGCCGCGUCGUCGAGACUUAUUGA